AUGAGACACUACCAGGAUGCUAGGAAUCAAGACCCAGAGGAGUUGUAUGUUAAACAAGACAGAAUCGGGAAGGGAUCCUUUGGAGAAGUCUACAAAGGGUAUGACAAGCGAACUCAGAAGACUGUCGCCAUCAAGAUCAUAGAUCUCGAAAGCGCAGAAGAUGAGAUAGAGGACAUUCAGCAAGAGAUCCAGAUCUUAUCACAGCUAGACUCACCACAUGUCACCAAAUAUCAUGGUUCCUUCCUCAAGGGUUCGAAUCUCUGGAUAGUCAUGGAAUACUGCUCGGGCGGCUCAUGUUCUGAUCUGAUGAAACCCGGCGUAUUUCGUGAAGAAUACAUCGCAAUCAUCGUCCGAGAGCUUCUCCGCGGACUUGACUAUCUACACACAGAGGGCAAACUCCAUCGGGAUAUCAAAGCUGCCAACAUACUGCUUUCCGCAGGAGGUGAUGUCAAGCUUGCCGAUUUUGGCGUGUCUGGGCAGCUUUCUGGAACGCUGUCCGCCAAGAAGAACACUUUUGUCGGCACGCCUUACUGGAUGUCACCUGAGGUAAUCAAGCAGAGUGGUUAUGACCAUAAAGCGGAUAUAUGGAGCUUGGGUAUAACUGCAAUUGAGCUGGCAAAGGGAGAGCCACCCUACGCAGAGCUCCAUCCAAUGAAGGUGCUAUUCCUGAUACCCAAGAACCCCCCGCCGCAGCUGGACAGUCAUUUCUCCAAACCAUUUCGGGACUUUGUUGCGUAUUGUUUGCAACGGGAUCCCCGCGAUCGCCCGACGGCACGCGAGCUAUUAAAGCACAAGUUUGUUCGUAUGGCAAAGAAGACUAGUUACCUCACAGAACUAAUCGAGAGGCAUGAACGAUGGAAGGCCGAGGGUGGAGAUCGCGCGGAGGAAGAGGAACAAGUUGUUAAUCAAGAAUUACCUCCAAACACUGACCUAGAAGAUCUCUGGGACUUUGGUACUGUCCGACACACAGGACGGCCGGGAACGAUUGGGCGUGCACAGAACUCGAUCAAGGUAUCUGGUCCUCCCCUAACAUGGGAAAUGAACGGAUCUUCUCGUGAGACGUCGUCGUCGUCAUCUUCUUCCAUCACAGCAAAGAAGGCAUCCGGGUCAUCAAUAAGGUCCAAGACUGAGUUGCCGCCGUUGCCUUCAUCCCCACCGCUAGUGCCAGCAUCCACACCACCCGUUCGAGCACCGAGCGUGUAUGAACAAGCUACCGUGAGGCACAUGCCGAGUGGAGUGCCCAGCGGCGAUAAACAAACAGGCCACAAGCGGGAGUCUUCUGAUGAAGAUUAUGAUGACCAAUACUUGGAUACUUACCCUAGAAGCGCGUCUGUUCACGAGAAACAGGAUGAACCAGAGGACGACGAGUUACCUGAUACCACUAUGCUCGAUUCUGUCAUAUUGCCUGCAAUAGCUUCGCUGUUCCCUCGAGUAUCGACACAGGAAGCGCGAGUCGCGCUGAGCACCCUGCAACGGGCAUUUAGUGAGGCUGAGCGCAUUAUUCCGGGCGUGACUAUGGAACUCGUGAACGAGAUCGUAGACUCCGUAGAGCGAGUAGAGGAUGAUCAUCAGUAG